AUGGCAGUCUACAAAAUGUGCUGUCCGUAUACAAGAAGAUCCUCGAAAGCUUGCCGUCCUAUGUAUGGAGCAGUGACCUCAUUUUUCCAUUCAUUGAUUAUUCAGAAUGAACCCCGAUUUGCUAUGUUUGGACCAGGUUUGGAAGAACUGAAUACAUCUUUGGUGUUGAGCUUGAUGUCUUCUGAGGAACUUUGCCCAACAGCUGGUUUGCCUCAGAGGCAAAUUGAUGGUAUUGGAUCAGGGGUCAAUUUUCAGUUGAGCAACCAACAUAAGUUCAACAUCCUGAUAUUAUAUUCAACUACCAGAAAGGAAAGAGAUAGAGCAAGAGAAGAGCAAACAAGUGCAGUUAACAAGAUGUUCAGUUUACAGAAUGAAGGGGAUGAUCAACAAGGAAGCCGGUAUAGUGUCAUUCCACAAAUUCAGAAGGUGUGUGAAGUUGUUGAUGGGUUCAUCUAUGUUGCAAAUGCUGAAGCUCAGAAAAGACAUGAAUGGCAAGAUGAGUUUUCUCGUAUCAUGGCAAUGACAGACCCGGCCUUUGGAUCUUCAGGAAGACCAAUGCUGGUUUUGUCUUGUAUUUCUCAGGCAAAUGUGAAAAGAAUGCCCUGUUUUUAUGUGGCGCAUGAGCUGGGUCUGAAACAUCUAAACCACCCAUGGAUGGUGCAGGACACAGAGGCUGAAACUCUGGCGGGUUUUUUGAAUGGUAUUCAUUGGAUUCUUGAAGAAGUCGAAUCUAAACAUGCGAGAUGA